CUGACACGCUCAUAUCAGCGUCUGCACUCUUCUUAUUAUAAAUCAUUCCUCCUAUUCUCUCUCUUUAAUUGUCUCUCUCUCUCUUUCUCUCACAAGACGAACCAGAUGAGACUCCAAUGCUUUGUUUGCCUGUUACUGUUUCUCAUCAUUGUUUCAGUUCAGUUAGAUGAGACACUAUCCUUAAGAAGAGACAUGACAAAGCUUCUUGAAAUCCAAGACAAGAUCCACGAAAGACUCGCAACCGCUCCCUCUCUCCCACCACCAUUGUCUUCCCCUUCAUCUCCAUUUCCCAAAAUGGUGGGGAGAGUGAUAUACCCAAUAAGCUACGGAGCUGACCCAACAGGUGGACAAGACAGCAGCGACGCAAUACUUGAAGCUUUAACCGAUGCUUUUCAGUUACACAUCGAGCUUCACAUGCUGCCACGUGUCGCUGAUCUAGGAGGUGUUGUUAUUGAUCUCCAAGGUGGCAGUUACAAGAUCGGAAAACCUCUCCGGUUCCCUUCCUCCGGUGGCGGAAACCUCCUGGUAAAAGGAGGGACAUUCCGUGCAUCAGAAGUGUUUCCCGGUGAUCGACAUUUGGUAGAACUCUUAGCAGCAAACUCAGGGAUCUUGUUUGAGGAUGUGACCUUCAAAGACGUUCUGUUCGACUCAAGCUUCAGAGGUGGGGGCCUCGCGGUGGUAAACUCAGCUCGCAUCCGUAUAACAGAUUGCUACUUCCUCCAUUUCACAACGCACGGGAUCAAAGUCCAGGGAGGUCACGAGACAUACAUCUCCAACACCUUCCUGGGACAGCACUCGACCGUAGGGGGAGACAGACAGGAAAGAGAGUUCUCCGGGACAGGUAUCGAUAUCUCUAGCAAUGACAACGCCAUCACCGACGUAGUGAUCUUCUCUGCUGGGAUCGGUAUCUUGUUGAACGGACAGGCGAAUAUGGUCACGGGCGUGCAUUGCUACAACAAAGCUACGUGGUUUGGCGGGAUUGGUAUCUUAGUGAAGUCUCAUUUAACGAGGAUAGAUAAUUGCUACCUCGACUACACGGGGAUAGUCAUCGAAGACCCUGUUCACGUUCACGUCACGAACGCUCUCUUCUUGGGGGAUGCGAACAUCGUGUUGAGAUCGGUGCAUGGGAAGAAGAUUCACGGUGUGAACAUCGUCAACAACAUGUUCAGUGGCGAUCCUAAACACAGCUUCCCGAUCGUUAAGAUAGAAGGAGAGUUUGAUGAGGUUGAGCAAGUUGUGAUCGAUCAGAACAAUGUGGAAGGGAUGACGUUGAGAUCAACAACAGGGAAGGCGAAGGUUUCAUCUAAUGGGACGAGAUGGGUCGCAGACUUUGCAUCUGUUUUGGUUUUCCCUAACCGGAUAAACCAUUACCAGCAUUCGUUUUUGGUUCAAUCAGGAGAGAUACCUGCGAGUGCUGUGACUAAUGUUUCAAACAAUGUGGUAGUUGUGGAAACUGAUAGAGCUGUAACUGGAACCGUGUCGGUGAUUGUUUAUCAGUAGUAAAAAAAACAACAUUUUUGUUUAUAUUGAUCAUUGUGACGAGA